AUGAUCCCGGAUUCUCAAUCAAGCGAUGCUGCUCCGCCGCAAGGCAAAACAUACCGCUCGACGCCCUCCGUCAAGCAAGUCCGUUUCCCCAUGAGACGCAGCAAAGUUCGUCGUGAGCAGGGCAAGGGCAAGGGCAAGGGCAAGGCAGCUCAGAGCCGGGAGAAGAACGCGUCAUUGAAGCAGCAGACGCUGACGCAGAUGGACUUUGUCUCAUCGUUUAGCGAAGAGGUCACGCUUUCGGAUAGUGACGAUGAGUCAGAUACGUCGCUUUCUGGCGCAAACAAGCCGGAUAUUCUCUCAAAAGGCUCUUCGGAAGCUCAGCCGAAGGGCGAGAAGGGCGAGAAGGAGGAGGAGGAAAUAAUAAGAGGCUCGCAGGUCAUUCAGGACUCUUAUGCCUCUCCAGAUGACAACUUGUCGACCCAAGCCUCGCCCUUAAAGAUCCAGCCUAUAAAACUACGAGACACAUUAGUACUAUCUCCCAGCCGCGUGAGAUUCAUGGAACCACAGGACGUCGUCAAGGCUUCACCACGUCGUCGUGCCCACUGGAGUAGCAAUCCAGAGGGUUCGAAAAGACUCAAGCCAUCUCAAGAAGAUGACAUGCCGUCUCCAACACGAGUCCGCUUUUUGACCAAGGAUGUGGAUGACCGGGAGAUUCCAGACUCUGAUGAGGAAUAUGAAGAGCUGGAGGUGCUAGAAGAGGAUGAAGUAGUACUUCAAGACACGUUUGCGACGGGCCACGAAACUCAGCUUGUCUUGGAGGAGCUUGCGUCGUUGGAAUAUCCAGAACGAAACGAGGAGCAACGAGAACAGGAGCCAAGUGCAGUAACUAGCCAAGUAUUGGCAUCAACACUACAUUCAUCUAUAAUCACUUCAUCCGGAGGCUCUUCAAACAACAAGCCGGCUCCUCCAAUAGAGAGUACCGAUCCUCUACCAACAACGAAAACAUCAUUACAAUCCCCCACCAUCUCACAAUCACCAAACGCUACAUCCGAGUCUCAUCACUCAACAGAUCUCAGUCAAAGACCACACAGUCAAUUCUUCGAGUCUCAGCGCGUCCCCCUUCACAUCCUCCAGUCAUUCACCCCCGUAUCCGCACGCACAGAUAUCCUCCUCCCCGUCCCUUCCAAAGUUCUCUCCUCCCUCGUCGAUGGUUCCACGCCACUUCUCCAUCUACCCUACCGAAUACCUGAACUAGUCGCGCGGUUCUGGUUGCUGGACCAAGAAACCUUGCGUUACAUGGCCUGCGUGCAGCCCGGCGAGCCCAGCGGCCCUAACUGGGACUACCACGUCGAUCAAGUAUACGAGCUCAACAACCCAGUAGAGGAGCGCGAUAUGCAAGAGGAAGGAUGGGUCACCGGACAGGUCCGACGAUAUAUUUACCUCCCCCCAGCCAUAGUGGGACAACUCCUAUGGAAUCUCCGAUGCGCAACGUUUGACCGUACCGAACAAGAGAACGACGCUGAAAAUACCCAAGAGAAGAACACCGUCGAGGCUUUAGAUUGGCGCUCGCCCGAGUCCAGUAUGCCUUUACAUCCAGCGUCCCAUUCUCAAAGCCGCUCGACGAAUCAUGAUACUGGCCAACCAAGCAGUUUGCUGUUUCAAGACCACGGAAGCUCUUUGGUCACUAUCCCAGCAAAUGCCGUCUUUGACUCCUCUCCACUGUUGACAAAGAGUCAGAUGCUCUCCGACAGUCUACUUAGCGAUGAUGUUUGA